UAUGCGGUUUCUGUGAGUAAAAAAACACAGUUCAAUCUAACAUGAAUUACUGAUGAACUGGUCUUGCUGGAAGAUUUACGCAUCAAAAAUGAAGUUCGUCUAUGCUGUGAGCAUCUGGAUUUGUCUGUCAGGGUUUGGACAUUCAGCGGCUGAUGAGAUUAUCAUAAAGAAUCGUGAAGGAGAUCAAGUCACAAUUACCUGUACUCAUCUUUGGGCUUCAGAUAACAAGAAGUAUUUCUGCAGAGAUCCAUGUAAUGAUGAAGAUAUUCUAGUAUCAUCUGAUUGGUCACCUAACAGGAGAUUUAGACUGAAGGAUUUUGGGACAGGGACGUUCACAGUGACCAUCACUGAUCUACAGGAGUCAGACUCUGGGAUUUACUGGUGUGGAGUGAACAGAUUGGUUCAAGACACAUAUCAUAAGGUCAAUCUGAGAGUUUAUAAAGUUUUUCCACAGAAAACUUCAUAUAUACAGAAUCUCUUUGACCAGCUAGAGAAAAUUACAGUUCUCGAUUUAACGAAUGUUACCAUGGACAUGGACAAGGUUUUCAGCACUUCAGAGAAGAUAAACACAUCAUCAGUUGACCCAAAGAAACUAGCAUCAGAUGUGUUAAAAGUCAGUGAGAAGCUCGUGUCAACGUUGGUGAAGCCAACAAACACCUAUGACAAUGUCAGUUUCACUCGUGCAGCUGUGGAGGCGCAAGUGUUUGUGGUUGGACCACAGGCCAACCUUGAUAAAAUCCCUCAGCUCAACACAUCAAAUGCUUCUAUAGACAUUGAUCUUAUUGGGAUCGCCAGGAACAAAUUGAAUUCAGGAUUAGCUGCUGUGGCUUUUAUGAGCUACAACACAAUGGUGGACCUAUUGAAACCAGACUUCUUUAACACAUCAGAUAACACAGUUAAAACCAUGAUGUCCACUGUCAUCUCAGCUACUCUUCCUAAAACCAUCAACACAACCCUCACCAAACCAGUCAACUUCACCCUCAAACACAUCAGAGAGAUAAACGACAGUGGUAAUCUUUCCUGUGUGUACUGGAACAUCAGUGAGUGGAUUGUAGAUGGUUGUUCUGUUGUAAAGACCAACAGCAACUUCACUGUGUGUUCAUGUCUUCAUCUGUCAACAUUCGCUCUUAUCAUGCAAACCAGCAGCAGAUCAUCAGAGGUUAAAAGUCAGCCGAUGGACUCGAUGAAUGUGGUGUUUGUUAUCGUGGGUCUGGUGUUUACUAGUUUGGCUCUGUUGACUUUUGCUUUCUGUCGAUGGAAACCUGGAGUGAACAAUGUAGCUCGAAUCAACCUCUGCAUCAGUCUGCUGUCUGCUCAUCUUCUGUUCUUACUCACACAACGCUUCCUGACUUUCAUAAAACCUCACAAGGAGUUGUGUGCUGUGAUAUCAGGAGCUCUUCACUUCUUCUUUCUCUCCUGCUUUAUGUGGAUGUUCAUUGAAGCUGUGCUGCUCUUCAUCUGUGUGAAAAACCUACCACAGAUCAGCUCCAGACAGAGGGCGAUACUUCACAAGGGAUUCUUGAUUGUGAUUGGUUAUGCAAUUGAUUUUGUUAUAGUAGGCGUGUCUGCUGGACUGGUUCCUGAAGGCUACGGCAGUGAAAAGUAUGUAUAAAGAGGAUCGUUCAGUUGAUUGGAUUCAAUAAAUUACAUCUUAAAGGGGUCAUAACCUGCAUUUUUCUAUUAUUUUAUGUUCCCAGAGGUACUUAUCAUUACUUAAAGAGCACCCAUUACGUUGCUAAAAACAAUGCCAUUUUGUUUAUUUGUGUAAUACAAUGUGUACAGCAAACACGCGAGUUAAAAUUUUUUA